AUGACUUCUAAGAAUCCAACUCUUUCAUCUAUCGAUGAUAUUCUUGAAAGGCUUUUAUCAUUAGAUUUUUACAGGGAUUUGGUUCAAGAUUCUAAUGAUAAUUUAAAGCAAAUACAAAAAAGAAUAAAAUGGGACUCUCCUCUAGUUCCAUUGCCGUAUAAAAUAUCUUCAGUAGAAGAAUACCAUGCUUCUUUCUUUUCACUCUUUAUGAUAGAGUGCCUCGAGAUUAUAUCGCAAUCAAAGUACAACGAUUUAUCUAUUCCGUCACCUUUAGAGCCGAUAUCUUGUAACAUUUCUGGUGUGUUUGGUUAUGUUACCUUUUCAUUCAGCCAUCCACUUCCGGAUUUCUCACCAGGAGAUCUUGUGUGUUUAUUUUUACGCAAACAUAAUUUCGUUUCAAAUAAAAGGGACAUAAGUACAGUUCUGGGAUAUGGAAUUGAUAAAUAUUCUGGAUCUAACGGAAUGAGCUUAUCGCAUCCAGUGUACGAAGAUUCUAUAAACCACGCAAUAGGAUACUUAGUAUCAAUCCUUAAAAAUAGAAUAGUGUUGAAAAUAUUGCUAUUGCCACCGAGUUUUGCAACGCCAGAGACCUUUGACGAUAGAGACUUGGAUAGGCUCAUGUCAAUACAAAAUCAACUGAGGUAUAUAUAUUCGCCUAGACAAUCACACGCAGUAAAGGGAGACUCGGAAUGCUGGUACGUAUCAAAGCUGAUAUCAUUAACAACAAUACUGCGAGAGUUUAAGGGACUGUGUAUGUUGAGCAAUAUGCCGCUAAAGGAUUCAUUACUGACAGUAAUGUCAGAGAGAAAGAAUACAUUGGACCCAGAUACAACAAAUGAGCUUAUAGUAGAUUUUGAAGUUCCACCACGAUUGAAGAGAACAAUUGAAGAAAACUAUAACUCAGGACAGCUAUCAGCAGUAUCUAACAGUCUAAUGACGGAAGGCAUAUCCCUAAUACAAGGGCCCCCUGGAACUGGAAAGACGACGACCAUAAUGGGAAUUGUCAUACACCUGGGGAGUGAGAACCACAGCAACAGAAGAAUACUCAUCUGUGCACCCUCAAACGCAGCAAUCGACGAGAUCGUAAAGAGGUUGGUGAGUCCGGACGGAGGAAUAUUCGACCCGCAGGGAAACAGAUAUAAUCCAACAGUGACCAGAGUUGGCCCGAAUUUCCACGAGGACCUGAAGGAGUACAGUCUGGAGACGAAGCUUAAAAAGUGGCUGUCUAAGAACAACCUGUCGCACCUCAAGGGAGACAGAGGAAACACAGCGAAAAGGCCUACGAUAAUCAUGGACAUACUGCUCAACAGCGAGAUCGUGUGCUCGACGCUGUCAGGAUGCGGCUCGAGGGAGCUGUACGGCCUGAUAAACUGCUUCGACACGCUGAUCAUAGACGAGGCGACGCAGGCAGUGGAGCUGUCGACGCUGAUCCCAUUCAACCUGGGAUGCAAAAGAGCGAUUCUGGUGGGAGACCCAUGUCAGCUAUCAGCGACGGUCUGUUCGAAGGUGGCGAUACAGCUGAACUACGACCAGUCGCUCUUCAAGAGGCUGCAGCUGUGCGGGUACCCGGUGAACUUCCUGAAGCUCCAGUAUAGAAUGGACCCAUUGAUAACGAGGUUCCCUUCGAUGUACUUUUAUCAGAAUCAGCUCAUUAACGCCAAAAAGUCACUAUCGAAGCCGGAGGAGGACUGGCGCCAGUUCCCUCUGUUCAGGCCGACAGUCUUCUUUGCCAUAGACUCGCACGAGUCUAGGAAUGACACGUCAUAUGUGAACGAAAUGGAAGUGGAUCUAGUGUGCCAGCUACUGGAAAUGCUGAUAGAAAUAAUGUCAACGAUUCCGGGAAUUACAGCGGAGGAAAUCGCGAGAAAGAUUGCAGUUAUCAGUCCCUAUGCUGCGCAGGCUGAAAUACUAAAGUCGACGAUUUCGCAGAGGAUUAAAAUAAAUCCACAGACGAACGUGCCAGAUUACUCUAAGAUUACGCCGUCAAAGACGAAUCAAAUAUACGUAAGCACAGUCGACGGAUUCCAGGGCAUGGAAAAGGACAUAAUCAUAUUCAGCGCAGUGAGAACUAACUACGUCGACCUGACCGCAAACGUCAUCGACGCCUCCUUCAUAGCCGACAGGAGAAGAAUCAACGUAGCGAUAACCAGGGCAUGCAGUAACCUCCUAAUAGUCGGAAAUCCCAGAUACCUUCUUGACCAUAAGCACUGGUCAGCUUUGUAUAACCACUAUGCGAAGACGGGAUCUAUUUUCAUAUGCAAAACAGUAAACAACAAACUUGAUCCCAACUACUUGAAAAACUGGUCUAAAGAGUAUUUGAAAAAGGAUCCGGAUCGAGUAAACGAAUUCUUGAGGAAUAAGUACCUUGUUAAGUUCGUUACUGAUUUAAUGAGUUGA